AUGAACAAGAUAAAAUAUCAACGAAUCGAUCAACCUACUUUCUUAGAAGUCGACCAAAUCCGACUUGGUGGAGAAGAUUUGUCAAGGAAGGAUGCUCAUUCAGCAGCGUCUCCCAUCAAGAAUAAGAGUCCAACAGAAGGAAGCUCGAAGCCGGGUAUGAGUCAGAGUCAAUAUUUUGAGGAUCAGAUUGAUACUCCUCCCCGUAGACAUUCUGGUCUUCCUCUCCAGCAUAUAUUCCUUGAUUGUAAUAGCCCGGUAGAUGAUGGUCGGGGACCGGGGACCGUAACUACCAGAGAAAGUUCGCUUGAAGAUAUGCUGAGUGCUAGUCCUGCUACUAUUCCUGUUCUAUAUCAAAAGCCAAUGCAUAAAGACUGGAACAGGACAAUUAGAGGUUGGAGAGGUAGAACGGCUAGAGGAGGUAGGGUAUCUAGGGGAAGCAGAGAAACUAGGAGUAGGGUAAGUAAGGAUGAUCCAUAUCAGCACAAUCUGAAAGUCCUGGAAACAUCAGAGCUGCAGAAUUCAUCUAAAGUUAAUACUGCUUCUUGGGAAGUUUUAGAAACACAAACCGUUGUAAAUGGAAAUAAUCUACCUCACCAUAGUCUAAAGGCGUUGGAUGUAUCAAAGCUGCAGGAUUCACAGGAAGAUCACAUCUAG